AUGGUGCGAGCGCGAUGGCGAAUGUUGGGUCGUUUUGUGUCGGCAGGUGUGCGAGGGCGCCGGCCGACAGAUGGCGGUGUGACGUGGUUUAGUUUCGGGCUUCGGCGACCGAACCGUGGCGCUGCGCUGCUGAUUCUAGCUAGAGAUUUUUCCCAACGCAUCGCGCGAACGACACGGAAAGAAUGCGCGCGCAUCUUCUCAGUCUGCGAAGAAGACGCUGCGGGGGGCGUGGUUCGGCCGUUACGCACGACCACCACGCAACCGAAAGAUAAGAGACGGCUACCCGGCCAACUUGUAAACACGUCACCCCUAAUCGGGAGCCACGCA